AUGGAUGGGAAUUGGACCACGCAGCGUCGCACCCGGCGGAGCGACCGUUCACGUGCGUGCACGACUCGCACGUGGCGGCGCGCAGCAGAGAGCACACGCGGCGGCAACUGGCAUCGUACCGCACAGGGUGGGUGGGGUGACGCGUGGGCAGGCGCCGGUAGUGUGGGAGUUGGGGGGGUGGAGGGGCAGGUUCGGCGUGAGGGACUGGGCUCGUCAGCGCCCCUCCCCGCCCUCGCGGCAGCUGCUGGGGAGCGCCACUCCCGCCGCCACUGUCUCUGCCGCCUCCGCUUUCCCCCCUCGACCACUCCGCUUCCACACGGUGCGCCCGCUGCCCCCAACUCACCCCAAUUUCUUCUUUCCCGCCCGCUCAUGGUUACAUGCCCACCCAAUGCCCCAGCCGAUAGCAUGCAUAUUGCGCCUAAUCCCGCCCACCCCCGUUGCGUUGACCGCGUUGACCUCAUGGAGCAGGUGUCGUCAGUGGAGCAGGACCUACCCGACGACCCCCUGCGGGCGAAAUACAUCCAAGGCACGCUCGUGCCCGACACGCUCAGGUACGCACGCUCGUGCCAACGUGCUCUGGUAGCCGCGCCCUCCCGUCGCUCGCCUUCGCCCAGCCUCUCUUCCCGCCUCCCUCACUCCCACCCGCAACCCCUCACCCUACUCCCCUCUCCCGUUCGCUCCGCGUUCUUCCCCCUCCCCACGCACAUUCCUUCCCCCGCAACCCCUUCCCCCAGUUACCUGAGUCGGCUGCUGUCCGUGCGCGUGCUGCCGCCCGACCCGCUGCUGCUGCCCGUGACGUGCGCCACGUUCACCGCGCUCUCCAACGGCUCCUCCGCCUGCACGCAACUCGCGCCCAUGUGCGACGCCGAGGUGGACAUCGACGUGGAUCCAUCCCUGCUGGCGGCGCAUUCGCUCUGCCAAUCAGAGGACCCCGCCACGUGUGGGGAGGUGGCAGCUGGGACAGGCACACUUGGUGCUGACAUUAUCCUGUUCCUCUCAGCCAAGCAAACGGCGACGUGCGGCAGCACGACAGCGGCGGCCCACGCGUCGCACUGCGCGGUGGACCCCGCGUCGAACCGCCCUCUCGCCGCGUCGCUCAACCUCUGCCCGCUGGCUUGGCGCGCCGUGGGGCAGCACUCGCCGUCGUACGACUCGCAGGUGCACGCGGUGCUGCACCAGCUCACGCACGCGCUCGCCUUCAGCUCCGCGCUCUUCCCGCUCUUCAAGGACGUGCGAGGCCAGCCGUACGCGCAGGUGGUGGCGACGGCGCGGCAGGCGGACGGCAGCAACGUGUCGAAGAUCGUCACGCCCGCCGUGGUCGCCGCGGCGCAGCGCCACUUCGACUGCCCCGCGCUCGACGGCGCUGAGCUGCACUCCCCCCCGCCCUCCGCCUCCACGCCCGCCUCCCCACAACCUUCCGCGGCCCCCGCGGAAGCGAACAGCACGGAGUGGGGGUCGCUGGUGACCGCGGCACAGCCGGAGGACGCGCUGACGGGGGGAGUGGCGCUGGACGGAGUUGGGGGGGGCGAGGGCGGGGAGGUGGUGAGCAGCCAUUGGAGCGUGGUGCGCUUCGAGCACGAAUACAUGGUGAGGUGGGAAGCAGAGAGAGAGAGCGAGAAGAGGGCAGUGGCGGCGAGCAGCCAAUGUAAGGCGCCUGUGCGCUCUACUCGGGUCCUCUGCCUCCCAUCGCCUCACAUGCCUUGCCGCCACUCAUCACCCCUCUCCCCAUUCCUUCCUUCCCUCCUCCCGAACUCCCCAUCCCCCCUCCAGACACCUUUACUUGACGGGGUGCCGGUGGUAUCGGAGCUAACACUAGCACUCUUCCAGGACAGCGGCUGGUACGCCGUCACGCCAGGCAUGGCGGGCAUGCUGCGCGCCGGCUACCACCGCGGCUGCCCCGCUGCCACCGCCACCCUCUCCUGCCCGCCCUCCGCCUCCGCCUCCGCCUCCGCCACCACUCCCCCCGGGUUCUGCUCGGCGGCGGACCUCAACCGCUCCGCCACCUUCUCCGCCGGGGGGAACGUGCGCCAUGUGCCCAUGGUGGGUCGACUGUGGGGUGGGGGUGCCGUGGGUGACUUGCCAGUGGACUCAACAGUUGCACGCCAUUCCUCUCCUGCAUCCAUCCUGUGCCUUCCCACACACCUCUCGCCUCCCCCCUCCUCACCUCGCCCCUCCCGUCCCUUUCAACCCCCACCCCCACCCACAGCCACUGACGUGCUCCUCCGACUUCCUCUCGGUCGCCACCUUGUGGAGUCACAGCGCUGCCAGGCGCCGCGAGGGGCGGAGGAGAGCAGGUCAGCGGAGGUGCAGCAGCUGGGGAUGGCGUACGGCCCCUCGUCCCGCUGCUUCCUGCACGGCCCGCAGUUCUUCGACUAUGCCUUUGGUGCUGGCGCCGUGCCACCCCCCGGCGCCGGCUGCUACCCCAUGCGCUGCGUCCCCUCCGCCUCCUCCUCCCGUGACUCCCGCUCCGCUGAAUCCGCUGAUGCCCUCCCCACUGCUCCCGCCCUGGAGCCCGCGGCUGGCGGCAACGGCAACGGCAGUGCUGCCCUCGCCCCCAAGGCGCAGGGCGGCAGCGCGCUCUCGUUGCCCGCCUCUUCCUCCACCCCCAAGCGGCAGCUGCGGGGCAAGGGCAAGGGGAAGGGCAAAAAGGGGGGGAGGGGGAAGAGGGGGGGCGGGAUGGUGGUGGAGGUGCGUGUGGGAGCGCAGUGGUAUGCGUGCCCCUCAGGGCGCAUGGUGGCGCUGGACCAGGGCGGGGGGGACUUCCAUGGCGGGUCCAUCGGCCCCUGCCCUGACAACCGCCGCAUGUGCCUCACUGCCUCCUGCCCCAACGACUGCUCGGGGAAAGGCAUAUGCUACAACAGCACGUGUUACUGCCUGCCCGGCUAUGCUGCCACUGACUGCAGCCAGGUGGCGUGUUCACCGCUCUCCCUCACGCCAGCCUCCACCUGCCGCGCGCCCGCCUCCUGCGACCACGCCUCGGGCCUCUGCCUCCUGCCCUCCGGCCGCCCCUCGCCCCUCCCCCUCGCCGCCGCGCCCCCCUACACUCCCCCCCCGCCCCCCUCCCCGCCUGCUCCACCUGUCUUCCCCCUGCCCGGCGCCCCGCCCGCCCCUGGAAGCACCGUCAACAACAGCACCGGCAGCAACACCAACAGCAGCAGCAACAGCAGCAUGGGGGGCGAGGCGCCGCAGCACGGGGUGCUGGUGCGCAGCGUGGUGGUACUAGGGGGCGCCAACAUCAGCGCCAUCCGCGAGGGCGCGCGGCUGCAGGAGUUCCAGGCGCAGUUCCAAGCGCAGAUGAGCGCAGCGGCGAGGGCGACGGGGUACGAGGGGCAGGUGGAGGUGGCGAUAGAGGCCAUCUAUGCGGGCAGCAUCCUGGUGCAGUCCACUGUCAACUUCUUCCAGGCCACCAGCUUCAACAUGCCCGGCGUGCUGCUCCACAACCUCAUCACCUCCCCUGCGCUCAUCUUCGCGGCGUCGUCCUACUUCCUGGCGCUGCCCUCAGGGCGCAUCUCCUCCUUCAACUGCUCCAUGGCCGCCGCCCCCGCCUCCAACAGCGCGCCCCAGGGCGCCGAGGGCCCCCCCCUGGGUAUCUCGUACGGCGCGUGGGCCGCCAUGGCCGCUGCCAUCCUCGUGGCUGGCGUCGCCAUCUGCACCGUGCUCAGCCGAAGGGCAUCAAGAAGGCGACGCGAGGCGCUACUCUAUGCACACGGCUACGAUGCAACAGGAGCGCCGUGGUACAUGGAGGGGGAGGAGUACGAGGAGGACAUGGAGGCGGACCUCGAUCUUGACCUCGACCCCCUCGAGGCAUACGCUCAGAGCAUCCGUGUGGGCCGUUCGGGCCACCUCACAGCCUCUGGUCAGCUCAACCCCUCGGGGCAGCUCAGAGCUUCCGGGCAGCUGCGAACGUCUGGGCAGCUGCGGCGGCUGGCGUCCGGGCAGCUACAGGUGCCCGAGCAUCUGAACCUGAACAGCAGCACCACUGCCUACCCCCCCGGCAACACCAAGAGCAUGACCAACGCCAGUGGCAGCGGGGCAUGGUCAUACUCAGCCAUGGGCCCGCCUCCCCACGCUGCCCCCUCUGGCUCCACAGACACUACAGCUGCUGCGGGUGCAGGGGGAGGAGGCGAGCAUCAUGUGCGCAUGUCCGGGCAGCUCGUGGGUGGGGGGCAGGGGGCUGCCGAGGGAGGCGGUUCGGGCAUCACAGGGUCGGGCAUAAGUUCGGGGAUAGGGUCGGGGAUUGCAGUUUCGGGCAUGCUGUUGGCAUCAGGAACGUGGGGGCAGAUGCCGCACUUUGCUCAGCUGAACCGGUCGGGGCAGCUGAGAAUACUCAAGCAGCUGGGCACCCAUGGUGCAGGCACACCUCCCAUGGCCAUGCACGCCCACGGGCAGGCAAGGCAAUCAUCCCCUCGUGCUGCUUCCCCACAAGCCAGCGGUAUACCAGGCCAAUCAUUCCAGCAGUCAAUGCAGUCAAGCCAGUCAAUGCAGCAGGCAAGGCGGGCGGUGUCAGGGGUCGUGCGCUUCUCCAACCCACUGGCUGCAGCCCACCACACCGCCUCCUCCGGGCAGCUUAAUGCGCCCCAGCGCGGCCCCAACCAAUGGCUGCGCAGAGCCCGCUCCAACGUGGGGCUGUCCGGGCAGGUUGAAAUGUCGGGCAGGGUGGCGCAAUCAGCGCAGAUGGUGAGAGUGCCCAGCAACGGGGAGUACUCUGCUGCCCAGGUCACCCCAUCUGGGCAGCUGAGAAGACAUUUCCCUUCUUUCGCAACUUCGGGGCAGCUUCGGAACCCGUCAGGCCCGUUUGCCCAGUGGGGCCGAGGGGGGUCGGAGCGGAGAGAGGAGCUGGCAGAGGCGGCGGAGAUGGCGGCAGAGCAGGCAGAGAUGGCUGACUUUUACACCCGAAUGCGCAAUAAGGCCACUUCUGGGCCCAUCUACUUUGGAUGA